AUGGAUUUAACUGGCUACGUCAUCAUGUUGGUAAAGACAGAAGACGGAUUUGUUAAGUUGUACGGCUCCCCAGCAGAUCGUUCAGAUUUGGAAAUCGGAGAUGAAAUUUUAGAAGUCAACGGUCAAAAUCUUGAUCACAGCACUCAUGCCGAUAUAAUAUCGUUUAUUCAUUCGUGUAUAAAGACCAGGUGUAUUCGUCUGAGGGUGAAGCGUAAACCAAAGGGCAGGAAAGUGGGCCCAGAGAUCAACCAAGUCAAGGAUGCAUACAUCAUAGCUGUGGAAGAUGAGGCCAGAAAGAGACUUGAGAAAAUCUCUUCUCGUCACCAAGUGGUCCCGUUGGAUAUGACAAAACUCUCUCUUAAUAGCAGUGCAAGCAACAGUUCUACUAGUACUACACAAGCGGAAAUUCUUGUGGAUUGUAAAAAGCUGGCAAUAGAGAAUCCAGCAUAUGAACCAUCUCUAUUAUUGAAUUCAUCUCGCCAACAGUGUUGUGGAAAUGGACACCUAGAACAAACCAGAGACAUGAACGGGUUUGCGGAAUUGGACAUGCCCCGAAAGGGGAAGAAAAAGGAUAGCAAACGAAGCAGUAAAUCUAGUACCAAUAGUGGAACAGAUUCUCCACUCAUAGAAACUAUCAGUGGACACAACGUUCUCAAGCGGCGAAGUCAGAACUCCCUCAAUAGGUCUCGUGAUGAUGUCCAACAAUUUGAGGAUAGUUUGAGUGAUGCCUAUAUGCAAAAUUCGUUUGAGGUUGAAUUUGAUGACAUUGGCCCUCAUCGUGAAAUGGCUAUUGACUGUCCUGAUGAUUUUCCUCCAGCUGUGAAGUCGCCCCCUCGGUACCCUCCUCCCUCUCACUCUCAGUCUUCCUCCACACGCUCUCUCCCUCGUGCCCCUCCCUCUACACCUGCUAAGUCCUUAGAUCUUGCCAAUCACACAACCUCAACGGACAAUACUUUAGAGUAUGUGGCAAAUUCCGUCUCAAAUGGCCAUCAGAAUUUAAGUGAUGACCAAGUGGAACGGAUACGAAAGCACCAAGAAGAGCUACGCAAACGCAGAGAUGAGGAGCUGAGGAGAGCACGAGAACAAGACUUUCUCAGAACUUCACUUCGAGGCUCCAAGAAAUUGCAAGCACUGGAGACAUCAAUGAAGCAGACCCCUGUAGUAGGAGUUGUAAAUACUGCAUACGAGGAGAAUGAUGAUGAGGUAGAGGUGCUAGACGACGGCUUUGGCAGUGCCCGGGGAUCAUCACAGCGGGACAAAUACAUGAAGAAAAAUAUAGGAGUAGAUGAUUUAUUUUCGACACUACAUCAUAUACAGAGCCGUCUAAAUGCUGCUGAGGAGAGGGAUGAACUCUCUUUUCUGAAAAACUUAUUUCACAGUCGUGAGUUUCAAAAUGCUGUUCAUGUACACAGCAAAGUUACGAACAUUUCUCAGCAGUCGCCACCCCCUAAGCCAGAGUGUACAAAUGCUGUUCAGAUUUCUAAUGAAGUGUUUCAGGCACUACAGUACACAGAGUCUCCAUAUGCAUCAGAUCUGAUGGACAUGCUCAGUCAGCCAGGGCUACGGAAUCUUCUGCGAGCCCAUGAUAGUAUAGCAGAAGAGACCUCCAAACCAGCCAGUCAUGAAAAUGUUGAUGAUCUACAGGAAUACCCUAUCACUCCUUAUGGAGAGGAAACUGUACGCAUUGUCUACCUGGAGAAGACUAGUGAGCCUUUGGGUGCUACUGUACGUAAUGACGGUGAGGCCAUCAUUGUGGGUCGGAUAGUUAAAGGAGGAACAGCAGAUAAGAGUGGUCUAUUACAUGAGGGAGAUGAAAUUCUAGAGGUGAAUGGAGUGGAAAUGAGAGGCAAAAACAUCAAUGAUGUGUCAGACAUGCUGGCUGACAUGACAGGAACCAUCACAUUCAUGAUAAUUCCUUCUUCCAAUUAUGCCAAAACCUCGUCAAAUGUCCAAGUGAUACAUGUGAAGGCUCUGUCUAACUAUGACCCUGAAGAUGAUAUCUUGAUUCCUUGUCGGGAGCUUGGUAUAUCUUUCAUGAAGGGAGAUAUACUUCAUGUAAUCAACCAAGAGGACCCUAACUGGUGGCAAGCAUAUCGUGAGGGAGAGGAGGAACACCAGUCACUAGCUGGGCUUAUCCCGUCAAGACACUUCAGGCAACAAGUUGAAGCCAACAGAAAAACUUUAUCUGGCGAAAACAAGGAAAACCAAAAGAAGGGUCGGUCAUGUGCCUGUGGAAAGAAAGACAAAAAGAAAAAGAAGAAGUCGCUGUAUAGAGAAACAGAUGAUAAUGAAGAGAUCCUGACCUAUGAGGAAGUUGUCCAGUACUAUCCACAACCAAACAAGAAACGUCCAAUUGUUCUGAUAGGUCCUCCAAAUGUAGGUCGCCAUGAACUCCGACAGAGGCUCAUGGAGUCUGACUUGGACAGAUUUGCAGCAGCUGUUCCUCACACCAGCCGUCCUCAGGAAGAGCAUGAAGUGGAUGGCAAGGAUUACCAUUUUGUACCUCGGGCCAUUUUUGAGGCAGACAUUAUUGGACGAAAGUUCAUAGAACAAGGAGAGUUCCAGAAGGCAUUGUAUGGAACAACAUUUGGUGCAGUCAAGCAGGUCAUAAACCAAGGAAAGAUCUGCAUCCUCAACCUACAUGCUGAGACAUUACGUGAACUUAAUACAUCAGACCUGAAGCCAUACGUAAUUUUAGUGUAUCCCCAAAACAUGGAAAAAUUGAGGCAAAUUCAACAACGACUGGGACAGACUAAAAUCACAGAUGAGGAUCUGAAGGACACUGUUGACCGAGCUCGAGAGAUGGAGGACAAGUAUGGACACCUGGUCGACUUCAUUCUGGUCAAUUCAGACAUGGACUUAGCAUAUGAGGAGCUUCUCAAAGAAAUCAAUCGUAUAGAGGUGGAGCCUCAGUGGGUACCUGCCCACUGGUUGUCAGGUGACAGAUAGCUCCUCCCACAAAAGACAAGAUAGUGGCAUCCCAUGUUGGUUUUGGGCU